AUGAGCUCUGCCGACGGACGAACGCCGGAACCUCUCGGACUUUCGGAGGGGCGCAGCAGCCAUCGUGGGCGCGCCAGGUCGGUAGGUGAACUCAGUUGGUCGUCGUCGGCGCGGGAAGUAGUAGACCUGGUCGGUCGGCAGACACGAGCGCGCUCGGAGCCUCGGGCCAUCUCGUCCAGCCUGGCCAUCGUGAACCGGACAAACGAAACCCCUGCCGGUGGUGAGACCAGUGUGGCAGCCCCUCCCGGCAAAGGUGCGGUUCGAUCUCGAAAUCCCGGGUCGCCGAAUGCGCCCAAUUAUGUGGUGGCUGCUGACCCGGGGCCGGUGAGAGCCGGACCGGAGUAG